GGGCCUGUGUGAUUAAUAGGGUCUGUUCGAAGGACCUUGGGUGCCCACUCCUGAGGAGUCUGGAGGAAAGAGCGUAUUUAGGCACAGUCAGGAACUGUGCCUGGCAAAAUAGAAAAUUAAUCAAGAGGAGCACCCCAGGAUGCCAUAAUAAAGAAGCACAGACUGGAUGACUUGAACAACACAAAUUUAUUUUCUUACAAUGCUGGAGGUUAGACGUCUGAGAUCAUGGUGUCCACAGGGUUGGUUUCUUUGGAGGAUUCUGUCCUUGGCUUGUACAUGGCCAUCUUGCCCCUGUAUCUUCAUGUGGUCUUCAGAACAUCUGUCUGUGCCCAAAUUUCCCCUUCUUAUGAAGACAUAGUCAUUAUGGAUUAAGGCCACCCUCAUUUUAUCCUGAUCACCUCUUUGUAGACUUGUCUCCAAAUGCAGGCACACUUUCAGAUACCCAGGAUAAGGACUUCAACAUUUGAAUUUUAGGGGGGACCCAGUUUGACCCAUCACAGUCAAGGAAUUUUAUUUUUGUAGAUCCUCAUACAAGUUUUUAAAGGGCAACUGGCAGCUUUUCUAGAAAUGUGAGAGGCUUGCUUUAGCUGUGAGACUUUCUCUACUAUAAUCUUGGAAAUAGAAGGAAUAACUAAACAGGUGAAAUGGAGAUGAAUUUUCACGUUUCACAUUUGCAGCAUCAUGACUCUUCACCCCAGAAUACCUCUAGCAUGCAUCUCCUGAGAAUAAGGGCAUUCUUCUGCAAAGUCACAACAUCAAGAAAUUCACCAUUAAUUCAGUAAUGUCUUCUAAUAUACAGUCCCUUUAUCACCAUGGAGUUCCCCCCCCCCCCGAAUCCUGGGUCACAUUGUGGUUUAUGCACUGUGUUUACUUACCAUGUCUCUGAAGAUUCAUUUUAUAACCCAAAACAGCUUCCUUGCUCUUUUUUGCCUUUCCAUGGCAUUGACAGUUUUGAGGAGCCCAUACCAGCCCUACAUGUCUUGUUCCCUCAGGAAGCAAUUCAAGAUGAACAUUUUGGCACAGUACCUCAUUAGCGAUAAUUCCACCACCUCACCGCAGGAGGUGACAUCAGCCUACUCCAGUAUGGGGGGAAGCGGUGCUAAAUUUUGGUUAAAGUGAUGAUAUCUGCCAGAUCCUCUGAUUGUAAGGAUGACUUUCCUCUUUACUGUUUAAUAAACAAUCUGCAAGCUGAUAAAUUGAGGUAAGUAAACAUCCUGUCUCUCAACAACUUUCACCCAAUCAUUCACUACCCUGGAGAUGGCAAAACAGUGGUUUUUAAAAUUGAAUCCAUUUUUACCUAUAAACAGCAUCAGUUGAUUAAAAAAGAACACCCUCCUCCCCAAUUCUUUUCUUUCUUUCUCUCCCCUUCGUAGAUCUUUUUUUAAAAAAUUCAGUCUCAUAAAAUAUUAGCUCUGUCUUAGUCACCUUGGGCUGCCCAGCAUAAACAACAAAUUAUUUCUCAGUUUUGGAGGCAGGGAAAUUCAAGGUCAAGGUUUGGGCAGGUUCAGUGCCUGGUGAGAGCUCUCUUCCUGCUUUCAUAUCUAUUUUCUCACUGUGUUCUCCCUUGGUAGAGAGAGGGCUCUGGCCUCUUCCUCUUCAUCUAAGGGACUGAUCCCACCAUGAGUGCUCCACCCUUAUGACCUCUCUAAACCUAAUUACCUCCCAAAGGUCCCACUUCCAAACACCAUCGUAUUGGGGGUUAGAGCUUCAGUUUUGGGGAGACAUGAACCAUCCUUCUCAUGUUCAGAUGUUGCCAAGUGUGGUCAGGAGCCUUUGACACGUCCCCAUCAUUCUUACCUGAUGGCCCUACAGGAUGACCCAGGCUCAUUUUGUAUUUUCUCUGCCCCAGACCUGGAAUCAGCCAUAUCCCAAGGAUUUCAGGCUCUUUUUAGUGACAAACAGUGUUGUGAAACCAAGAUCUAGGAAUCAAGCAUGCUCAUUAUAACUAGACUGCCAUUGUUCCUAGACUUUUUCAGUGGCCAAAACUUAGAAGUACACAUCUUUUGUUUCAAAUCAUGAUUGCAUUCCGGUUCCAAUUUAAAUUGAGCACAAUUAAUUCCUUCUCACCUUCCUUCAUUUCAGUAUUUUUUUUAAUCUCCCUUUUCCUACAGUGAGGAAACCUUGUUUCCUAACAAUAUCAAUAUCAUUACUUAUUUGUUCUAGCAUGUAGUAUAUACAAAAUAAUUUCAGAAUUAUUACCACACGCUGGCACCGAUACCAACCACCGAUACCAGAGUUGCUUGGCAGUUAUUAUGAUUACUGUUACUAUCAAUGUAUCCUAUUAAGAGUGUAUAGAGUGUUUAUGCUUAAUAUUUAUGUGAAUGUUCUUGUGUUAUCCAUCUGAGUUCAGUUCACUUGUUUCUGUUUAUAUUUAAUUUUAGUGUUUGAUUUUUUUUCAUCUUUUUGAUUUAAUUGUUUUGGGGGGUAUGUAAAUGACUCACAUGACUCAAAAGUCACAACUGUGUAAAAGAUAUACAGAAAAAGGCUGUACUCCCAUGUCCUUCCUCUCCCUCACCAACUCAUCCAUUUCCUGAUGACCCUUUCUUUACAUUAAUUGGUUGAUUCUUUUGUGUUUAUUCUGUAGAAAUAAGCAAGUAUAUAUUCUUCUAGUUGUUUCUUUAUUGGCUGCACCUGUGGCAUGCAGAAGUUCCCAGACUAGGGUUCAAACCCAUGCCAUAGUGUAACCAGAGCCAUACUAGUGACAAUGCUAGAUCCUUAACCUUCUAAGCCACCAGGGAACUCCAGCAAAUAUGUAUUCUUAACUCCCUUUCUUAAUCUUUCACCUUGCUUUCUUUUCACCUAACAAUAUAACCUGGCUGUCAUUCCAAUGCAGUUCUUGGCUGUCUUUCUCAUUCUUUUGUGUGACCACAUGUCCAUCAGGUAGAUGGACAUCACUUAGUUUCUCUGAAUGGAAAUUGGGGCGAUUUUAUUUUCUCUAGCACCUUGCUACUGUAAAUAAUGGUGACAUGAAAAAAUUGCCUUGUGAACAUGUUAUUUGUGUUUUCAGAGUGAAUACUUAGAAGUAGAGUUACUGGGUCAAAGGUAAAAAGUCCUAUAGAGCUUUAUUAAAUAAAGAUGCACUCCCCUCCUACUGUUUUGUUCUCUCAAGAGCAGUGUUUGAGAGUGCCUGUUUGGCAGUAGAUUGUGAGAGCCCCUUUUAGUUAGAAUGAGGAAUUACCUUCAGUUGACACAUCACAAUCACCCAGAGAGCUCUUUGCUGAUAUUUACAUGGGAACCACACCCCCAGGCACUAAUUUAUUCAGUCUUCAGAGGACAUUAUGUGGCCUAGAUUCAACUUAUCUUGUCGAAAUACUGGUUUAACAUCUAAGUUUAGUUACUAAGCUAGUAACCCUUUCCUUUAACGAACUUAUUGUCCUGGGAAGAGGUAAACAAAAGCACACUGUUAAUGCAUCUAAUGCUCAUGAUUUCUGAAUUGCCUACAAAUACUGGUGACCGUAUAGCUUUAAUUUUUCAAAAAUGGCCUGAUUUCACUUGGUUUUCACUAAUUCUACAAGCAUUUAUUGAGCACUUACUGAAGACCAGUCAUUGCCUAGCUACCAAGGAAAGGAUGAAUACAGGACAGACUAGAUCCUGUCCUUAGGGUGUUCGUUCUGAUUGGGGGAGAUGCAGGGAUAGAGGAGGCCACUGAAUCCCUCCGAUGGCCAAAUAUGAUCUCUGUGUAGGUUCUUGCCCUAUGGAACUCACUUUCCAUUGAGGGAGACACAAGUUAACAUAUUUUGAUCCUUAUAGAAAGGGGUCCUCAGAGAACAUAGGCGUGGCAAUUAACCCAGCUGGAGGGGUGAAGGAAGCCUUCUUGGAGUUGGUGAUGGACAUUGGGGCUAAAUUUUUCCCUGCUAAAAAAGAGAGGAACAGCAUCCCAAACUAAGAGAAUGAUAUGUGUGCAAAGGCUUAGCCGUGAGAGGGGUGUGUUGCUUUUGCAAGUGCCUCAGAGUGGCUGGAGUGUGGGCUUCAAGCCAGGUCAUGACAAAAAGAAGACUGGCUAAGUAACCACAGACCACAUCAUUUGCUCCAGUGCCUGGUGCAGAGCGGGUGUUAAAUAAAUCAUUGGAUGGUUGAUCACACGAAUGAUGACUUGCUGAUUUGUGGAAGAGAGCAGUUUUGCAUUAGCGUUUUUAGCACCGCACUCACAAAGAAAGGAGUUGGUGUUCCCAGUGUAUCUAUAUUUUAUCUUGUGGAUAAAACUGAUUUCUUAAAAUGCAAAUGGCGGUCCAAUUAGGAAAGUAGCCAUAAUUGGGAAGGGUCACCUGGAUGCUGUGUUGCCCCACUCUGGAUUGAUGGACGAAAGAAAAAUCGCUUCAGAUUGUUUUCACUAUGUUCCUGUCUCUUUAUCUGCUUAUUAUAAUCCAGCUUCAGGGAUAGAUGGCAUUUUAAAAAUGCACAGCCCUUUGGGCUUGAGAGCCCUCGGAAUGUUUCCCAUCAGCUAAAGAAAAACAAAAGGACUACCAGACGGCACUCAUGUUCAGUGAUGUUAGCUGUAGAGGACUUCCUCAGGAAAUGGUCUUGUGUGUGGGUCUGGUUCUGUGGUCUCAUUGAUAUUCCGCUGGACUGGAAAGUGGAGGAAUUGUGACAAUUAGAUCGUUUGAAGGACAGGAGUUCUGAUAGAAGCUGGGAUUGAAUUUGCAGCUGUAGCAGAAGGUCACUGUGAGUGAAUCACCUUGGAUUUGAAUUUCUUGAAGACUUUGCUACCUCUUCCCUCCUUUUAACAUACAUUAAAUUCGACUUUGUUUUACUUUAAGUUACUCAGUAUCUGGAGAGCAUUAGAGAAUUAUUUUCUGAAAUAGACUGGCUGUCUCAAUAAACCAAUGUAAUCUGAUUCUCGUGACUUACAUCAGCUAAUGGCUGGUGAGACAUCUAUUUUCAUUUAAAUCUGCAUUUGUUGUUUUACUCUUUUAUUAUUAUGUCUCUAUGGAAAGUGCCAUAAUAUGCCUAAGACAAGGAAACAGCUCUUUUUUCUGUUGAUAAAAGUCAUUGAGUUUAGUAGAAACAGAACCAGGAAGAGAAGGAGGCUUGCUACCAUCCUGUAACUGGCACAGAGAUUUGAAAUACGCUUUACCAUUUCUCCCGCUUUGAAAAAAUAUCUUGAAUUAAGCAGAUAUAGAUAAACCAUGUUAUUAUAGGUACUCAUACAAUAAGAACAUACUGACAGAAGCUCAGCAGUGUUAGGCAUAGCAAAUUACCAUUUGGUGAUUGAAAACUCUUGAUAUCAGGCAGGACCUAACAUAGUGGGCUUCAGAUAAGGGUGGCUUCCAAAAUCCCAUGUUUUAUUUAAUGGUCUGAAAGACUAAUUUGUUUUCUAUUUACAAAAUGAAUACUUGUUAAAUCAGACUGUUUUAAAUUCAAAGACAAGAGUUUGGAUAAUUUAAAAAAUAUAACCUUCCCAUUUUUUAGAUACAUUGUAUGAUAUUUCUAAGAAAGAUAAGUUAUUGAGAAUUUUUUUCACAAUUGAAAUGAAAGCCGAAACUCAGUAAGUUAUUGGUAGAUUAAAUAGACCUAAGGUAACAGGGUAGUACAUGGUUAUUUGGGAAAUAUAUUUGUCUUUCUGAAUUGCGGUAGUGGUGUUCACCAAAUAAGAUUUAUCAAUUAUUUAACUGAACAGCUAGCUUUGGAAAAUAUUUUGUACUAUAAAGAUAGAUAUUUUUAUGUUUUAAGUAGUUUAAGUACAUACACAUAUAUAUUUUAAAUAAAAAACUGAAUAUCCACAUAUUGUGAGUAAUACCAACUUCCCUGCUUAUUCAGAUUCAAAAUACUUUAGAAUGACUUUAUACCAACCAAAAAAAAAAAAUUAAAAAGAUAUUACAAAAGGCAUUGGUAGAAAUUAUUCUUAAAAGGUCAUUACUGAUUAGUUCAGACGUUAAGUGACUAUCAAUUGUUGAAAACUAUGACGUAAAUAUUCUGCUUCCCCCCAAACUGAAUGUAUUUGAUGUGAUGGAGAAAAAUUGCAAUAAUUCCAUAACAAAACCAGUUUAGGACUUAAGAAUUGUCUGUCUCUAUUAGUUUCAAAAAAAUGAAUUGGAUCUUAUGUGGCCUAUAUAUAAAAAAUAUACUAAUAGAUCAUGACACGUAUAUAUCCCCACACAUACAUGUUAUAUUUAGAAUAUGUAUUUAUAUCCUAAAAAGGUUACAUAAUUGAAAAAAAAAACUAUUUUGAAAGUAAGUUGUUUCUUAUCUGAUGACCAGACCUUUAAGCUUUAAUAUUUAACAAGAAAGUUUUUUUUUUAAAUAGAAGUCAUUUACAUGUAAAAUUUUUAAAUAAAAUGAAUCAUUGCUUUUUAUCUGCCCCAGAAAUUGUAUUUUUACAGGGUUUUUAGCUCGGAGGGUGCUUGGGGAGAGUGGAGAGUGAGCGUUAUGUCCUAAACUCUUCAUUUUUUUCCCCUUGCAGCCAGCUUAAAUGCUUUGUGCACGGUCUUGGAUGUAAAGAUUUGGACAGCCUCACAUUUCAAUUUGGGACUCCUUGGAAAGUCUAUUUUAAUUACUCUUUUAAUUGGAUAAAAAGAGAGUUAGGGAGAGUAAUGUGUGCAUUUUAAUGCAGGUUUCAUGUAGUAAAGGAGGGCCCACCGUAUACCCUCUACUGUGUUCAGCACGCUUCAUGAGUCUGUAACCAUGUGUCUGUUUACAGAGGAGGAAGGAGCUCCAAUGAAUAGGUAACAAAGGGAGAGUUGGUGAAUCUGCCUUGAUGCUCUCAUCACAGCUUGGUGUUGAGUGAGGAAGGAAUUUACAAGGCAAGAAAUGGCUGUGGGCCUAGAGAAAGCCCUUAUUUGACAAUGUGAUGACCUAAUAAUCAGCUCUAGCCUGGCCCCACAUAACCCUUUACAAGUAUUUUACUGUAGCUUUUCAGAGGUGAGAAGAAUGAGAACACUGUUCAGGUUUAAUCUCUAUAAACUUAAAAGUUUGUGAUUCAUCGUCUUUUUCCCCCAACCUCCAUUUGUCUAGAGGGCCUAUUAAUGACAAUACCUAUUUCUUUGUGGUCUAAUAAUGGACUUGGUGAGAUAGAACUUCAUGUAAAUAAAAGUAUAUUUCCCAAUAGUUGUCUAAGUUUCGUGUGGAAGUUAAGACUUCAGUAGUUAGAAAAUUUCAAGAUGUAGAACAUAUUGGCCUCCUCUGUAACCUCCAGACCACUGGCUGCAUUUCAUUGGAGCAGCAUUCCUCAAAAACGUAACCUCCACACAGAAACGGGGGAAUCUUUCUCCAAUUCCUCCCUUGCUCUCUUCUUCCAUCCAAUCUCCACGUCCACUUUGUUUGCUCUUCCCUUUUACUCCACCCCCACGGCCUUCAUUCCAGCCUUGCCCUCCCUUCCCUUGCCAAUUCAUUCCCUCUGCUCCAGGGGAGCUUUUAAAAGUAAUGCACAAUGGAAUAUUACUCAGCCAUAAAAAGGAUACAUUCUGAUACAUGCUUUACCAUGAACUGACAUUGAAAACACCUGUAGUGAAACAGGCCAGACUCCAAAGGGCAAGUGCAGUAUGAUUCUACUUCCACAAGGUACCUAGAAUAGGUAGUUCAUUGAGACAAAGCACAGAAUAGAGGCUACCAGGGGCUGGGGGGACGGAAGUGUGGGGAGUUCCUGCCUAAUGGCUACCGAGUUUCUGUCUGGGAUGCUGAAAAAGUUUUGGAAAUAGAUAGCGAUGAGGUUUACACAACAUUAUGAAUGUACUUAAUUCCACCGAAUUAUACACUUUAAAAUGGUUAAAUAUAAUGGUGAUACUGCAGUUAUGAUUGGGAUGCCUCUCUUCGAAGUUUUCACAAGCCCUGUCACCUAGUGGGUGGAAUCCAGGCUCCGAGUAAUAGGAAGGGAGGGGCAACUGUUCUGUUCCUUGGAAUCUCACGUCUUCCAUGGGGCCCUCGGCCUUUCUCAGUGCUGUGGAUUGGAUGGAGGAGGGACAGGCCCUGCUUUGGCUUGUGUGUCCAUCCCCCCCCGCCCUCCCCCCUCCUUGGGGGCCUGUGUUAUGCCCUGUUCCUGCUGCCACCUAGUGACCUGGCCUUUCCCAGCCUGUGGGGACAGCUGCUCUGAUCAUUAGGACCAGAAGGGGAAGGAGGAGGCAGUGCCGUUUGGCUUUGGGGCCCAGAUGUUUCCUCUGGUCUCACUUUAGAACAGUGUGGCCAAGGUCAUGUUUUAACCCCCACUUGUUUCGUCAUCUGCUUCUCUGUAGAGCUCAGAGCGUGAAGGGAGGGACUAUGCCUAGCUGGUUGGUUAGUUAAUACUGCUUCAAUCCCACUGGCCUGUGUGGCGGCCUGAACUUCUCUUUCUUGCCUCGUGGGCUAUGGAUUGUACCUGGAAGAGCCAGCCGAGUGGCAGGCACCAUUCUGAGUGCUUUAGGUGUGCACACAUAUUUCAGUCUGAACAACCUGUGAGAAAUGAACACCCCUGAGUAUGCUAGAUGCCCGUGAGCUCCCCACUCCCCCUGCAGCCUUGGAAAGACUCGAAGAAGGAAGGUGGCAGAGGGGUGGACUCUGAGAACAAGCUCCUCCCCUCGGCCUUGGCCUUCUGGCUCCCUGUCCACCAUGGAGACACUCUCCCAAGAUUCUUUGCUGGAAUGUCAGAUCUGUUUCAAUUAUUACAGCCCCCGGCGAAGGCCCAAGUUGCUGGAUUGCAAACACACCUGCUGCUCGGUAUGCCUUCAGCAGAUGAGGACAAGCCAGAAGGACGUGAGGUGCCCCUGGUGCCGGGGUAUAACGAAGCUGCCCCCGGGCUUCUCUGUGUCCCAGCUCCCCGACGACCCCGAGGUCCUGGCGGUCAUUGCCAUCCCGCACGCCUCCGAGCACACCCCGGUCUUCAUCAAACUCCCCAGCAAUGGGUGCUACAUGCUGCCCCUGCCCAUCUCCAAGGAGCGAGCUCUGCUGCCCGGAGACAUGGGCUGCCGCCUGCUGCCCGGAAGCCAGCAGAAGUCCGUCACCGUGGUGACCAUCCCCGCGGAGCAGCAGCCUCUGCAGGGCGGGGUUCCGGCCGAGGCCGCAGAGGAGGAGCAAGACAGGCGGGGCGCCGUGAAAAGCUCCACCUGGUCCGGGGUGUGCACUGUGAUCCUGGUGGCCUGCGUCCUGGUCUUCCUUCUCGGCAUCGUGCUCCACAACAUGUCCUGCAUUUCUAAGCGCUUCACCGUGAUAUCCUGUGGCUGAAGGGGGCUGCCGAAAAGUCUCUUGUGGGUGCCAACUAGGGGUUGAGCUGGUGUUGGUGAUGGAUCGCGGUGAGAAGAUGGGGGGCCCGAGUGUUGACCUCUGGGCUGCCACUUGAUUAACCCAAGACAGAUAGGAAGGGCAGAACGUGCUAUCUCAGCAAGAUAACUAAGCAGAUCACUCUGAUUACUGGUGGCAACAGCUUUGAAGACGAUUGCAUGCAUCCUCAUAAUCAUGUAUUAAAAGGACUGUAAUUUAUGAUUUUUCCCAAUCAUGUUACGAGAUAGACAUAUUCUUAGACGUUAAACUGUGGAAAUGCAUACAAUGUGAUCUUCUCUAAAUGUGGUAGAUUAAAACAAAGAUGCUAUGUAGACAAGUAGAAUUAAACCUGAGAAUCCUUGUAAAACUUCAGCCACGACAUGCAGUGCUGGUUUCUUUUCCUUUUUCACAAAAUGAAACCCGGUCUUCGUUUGGUUGCUAAGGCUUUUUAUACUUUUUGAAUGGCACCCAAAUUCCAGUAAGUUAAGUGGACAGUUGUUUUUUUGAAAAAAAUAUUUGAACAAGUGUUUCCAAUGUGUGGUGUUUUGUCAUGUACCUUCAUUUUUCUUCUCCUGUAAUUAGAGCUCGCUGUGUGUUUAUUAAACUGAAAGCCCAACAGGGGAGCAAUAAACUGAGUAAUAGUGAGACAUGCCUAAUCCCACAGGAAACCUACAUGCCAAUUUUUCUCAAGCCAUCUCACAAAAUAAGAAUUUUAAAUGUAAAUAUUGUGUAUUUGUGUGUGUAAUUUGAUUUACCUCAGGUUUUGAAUCUUGUCAGAAGGAUCCCGGGUGUAAGACUUUGUGGGCAUAAAUGAAUGCAGGGCCUCGAAACAAUGGCCGCUCAUGGGACACACCCAGUGAUGUGUCACAGGCAUGUCACUUCCAAACUUGUUCUUCUUCUGUGUAUUCAAGUCCUGUAUUCUCUAAGGCACAAAUGAAGAGUAACAGAAGAUUCUGUCUUUUCUCCCAGUUUUGAUGUAUUGUAAUAGCCAUGAGUGUUGGUAAAUGAUGACAAACAUGGACUUUUUAAAAGCAGUCCAUGAUUAUUUUUUUGAGAGAUUGUUUCGUGAGAGUUAAACUGUGUCAAAUUCUAGUUUUCUCUUGUUGGUAAAAAGUGAAACUAUCUCUUGUAUUUCUGAAUAUGUUUUUAUUGAGAAAAAUGGCAAGGUGAACUAGCAACUCACAUUCCCAAUUUAAGUGGCGCAGUUCAUCAUAAAUUCUCACAUAUUCUUAAAUGUUUAAUGGCCUACAGAUGCUGAUGCAGAAAGAGCUGCUGGUUUUAAAUGAUAACUUUCUAUGCCUGAAUGUGUGUGUGUUCAGAAAUAGCUGUGAGCUUUACAAUUCUCUUUUGUUUUCUUUUAUGGAAUUCGUGAAGCCAGUGGUAUGUGCCAAGCCCCCACUCUUAAAUAUAUCUAUGUUCCAUUGAAUCCCUGAAAAUAGGGGAGAGAAAAAUAAGCAGUAACUUGUUUCGAAAAGUAAGGCUAGAAAUACCCCUGUAAGACUGAGAUAUUUUAAUUUACUUACAUUCUAACUAUUACCUUCAAGUAGCACAAAAUAUGCAGAUUAUGGUGAUGGCAUUAAUAUGAGAUAAAAUGACAGCAUAAUAAAUAGAAUCCCAAGCUAACUCUGUUCAUUGACAUGAAGAUUCGAUAUAAAAAUAUCACCUUGGGAUUUUCACAUCUUUCAGAUUUGUCAUUAGACCUUUAGAAAAUGUAUCUGAAAGCUCAAACUAGAUAUUAGGUUAAAAUGCCAUUUUAUUGUGUAAGCUAUUGGGCAUUAUACAACAAAUAAUCUAGGAUUUAUUUGGUAUUAAUAAUUUAGGUAUCAUAUUAGCUGAAUACUAUCCUCUAUUACGUAACCUAAUAUACUGUUGGGUUAGUUUCAAUUUCUCAAACUCUCCCAGGCUGCUGUGAUGCAUGUCUGACCUAAUUUCUAGUCCUCUUGGGGGAAAAAAAAAAAAAACCUACAGAAAUGUUAUAUUAAGAAUGCUGCAUUUCAUAUGGACUUUACCCUUGCAAUAUUAAGUCAUGCCAUAUUUAAAUUAAUUUUGUGAAUGAUAUCUACAUAUGUUUAUGUCUGGUGUGAAAUCACCAGCCCUGGAGUGUAGCGUGUGAUAUAAUUCUACCUGUGGUUUGUAGGUUAUAUAUAGACACUAACAUACAUGAUGAUACAGCGUCCUGUAUUUCUUAGUGCAAAGCCGUAGAGUAUAAAUGGACAUGUAACUUUUACUUAAAAACAAUCCCAUGCUAGAGCUGCAAUUAAGCAGUGUAAAAUUAAUCGGCUCUGAUAGAUUCUUGAUGAUACAAUAUAAGGUACAGUAACAAUCAAAAUCAGAUUCUUUGUGUGAGUUUUAACUGAUAUAAGAACCAUUAUUUAAGUGGAUUCUUCCUGCAGUUAUUUAUUUGUGUAUCUGCAUGUCAAGGUGUGCAUUCCUGCCUUUGUGUGUGUGCGUGUGCGUGUGUGUGUGUGUCUCAGCCUGACAGAUAGAAUUUUUAUUGACUUGAUGUUUAAUGUUAUUUGGCAUUCCAUUGCUGUGGUCUCUUUGGCAUUUACCCACAACACUAACAACUCAACUACCCCAUGUGACACAGUCCUGUGAUAUAAUCAGCCAGAAUUCACAGUUGCACAUCAAUGGAAAAAAAAAAAAAAAUCCCAACUGAAAGCACAGAGAGUUAGACAUGCAAGCAACCUCCGGUGGCUUCAUUUUGAAGAUGAGUCCACUGAGACCCACAGAGGUGCGAGGCAGUUUGUCAUUCUUCAGCAAAAAGGGGACCAGAACUCUGCACUGUGGUUUCCUUUUGCUCCUUUCUAGGCCUGUUGACAUCUCUGUCAAGGCUAUGAUCUUUUUCAGGGUGGAUGAAUACCCUUUACUAGCUCAACUAUUGUGUAAAUCUUUUGUUUUUGUAGAUUUAUAUAUUCAUUUUAGUUAGCAUCUACCUCUCUGGGAAGUGAAAGAAGGGUUGAUUUAGGGAUGAGUAUAGGCAGUUAAAGAAAACCAUGUGAAUUGAGUUUUUUAAAUUGCAAAACAUUGAUUCCCCCCCCCCUUUAGAUGUAAAGGACCAUGAGUGUUGUGUAAAUAGUAAACUAUAAGAAGCAUGAAUUUUCGUCUUUUUUAGUGAUCUUGACUUAGGUGACAGAAUGCAGAAUAUGCUAAGAAGAGCCCAGUAUGCUAUCAAAAAGCAGUGUCUUUGGAAAAUUUUUGUAUAAUGACAUGGGGCUUAAGUUGUGCUGAAAAGGCAAAUGGGUUCUCAGCUCCAGUCAUAGUUUAUGAUCAGAAAGCUUUAAGGUAUUUUCCUUAGGAAUAUAAUUAAGUGUAAUUUUGCACAUGACUUUAAAGUGGGUCCCUUGAAGGUGAAACCGUGUCUUGGUGCAGCCCUUGGGAUCUUUUAGAUUGGCGCUGCUCAAUAGAACUUCCUGUGAUGAUGGAAGUGUUCUGUAAUCUGUGCUGUCCAGUACAGUAGCCACAUUGGCUAUUGGGCAGUUGAAAUGGGGUUAGUCUGAGUAUGGAACUGGAUUUUGUCUUUUAUUUAAUUUAAAGUUAUUUAAAUAAACGUCACUCACUUGUGGCUAGUGGCUACCAUAUUGGACAGUGCAUUUCUGGAGGCUUGUGCAAUGGAAACUUGCAUCCAAGUGAUAGUGGAGUAAAUGGAGUGAGGUGAAAAGACAGUUUGUGGUUUAGUAACAUGCAGUUGGCUUAAAAAAACUUUUUUUUUUUCCUUUCUGGGCUUACAAAAAUAUAUGAUCUUUUAAAAAUAUAUAUGUAUAUAUAUGAUCUCAAGUAUGACCGUAAAAAUGCAUUAAUUGCCCUUUGGGGUUAUUACUUACAUACUGCAGGCCGAGGAAUGAUCAGUGAAGCUUAAAGAGUGCUUGAUAAAGCCCUUCUUCUGGGAUCAUUAGCUGCAUGUGAAUCUAUUGUCCUGAAACAGUAGUUAGACAGUAGCUGUAAAAUGUUUGACUUGCAUGACCUGUACUGUGAAAUUGUGUUUAGGGUCUUGUGACCAAAAAGUAACCGUUAAUAGGGGAAAAAAAAAAAAAAAAAAAAAAAAAAA